AUGAGUUUGCUCAAGCCGCUGACGUCCCUGGACGACUCGUGCUCCGCCAUCUACAAGAACAUCCUUUACUCCUUCACGCCCGAGGCCUUCUUGUCCCUGUCUUUGAAGGAAGGUGCAAAAUGGAAGAAGCUGGUGAUGGGAGAGAAGGUUUCGGGGGCCGUCUGUGUUGGGGCGACCCCCGAUGAUACCAUUCAAGCUAGCCUCUUUGUCCUGGGUGGAACCAGCGGCUUGGGUGGUUAUACUGGGCUGCAAAAGUACACCUACUGGACAGGCAAGUGGACUACCAUCACCCCCUCCAAAUUGAUCACGAAAGAUCGCCUGUGGCAUGGCUUGACCCCCGGUGUCAAGCCUAUUCUUCUCAACUGGUCUGAUGCCGAUGCUUGCUUGGUCGGCGGCAACACUAGAAAUAUUGCCGUUGCCUUGUUCAACCCGGCUACAGGUUGGAGGGAAUCGGGAGCCACCUUGGCAGAACCCCUGUCGAAGGACGCGGGUUCUAUUCAGGCCCUUGUGAUGCCAGGGGAUUAUGGCUCCAAGAGCCUCUACCCCUUCGAUCUCUCACAAUCUCCGAACCUGGUCCGCCGAUUUGUUCUCCAAGAUGCCUCCGGCGCGCCCUUUUCUAACUCGGUCGCCGUCACCAAGAAGAAUCUCAAUCUGUCCUUAUACGACUGGCCAGAGUACAACUCGACGCUUGCGCCAACCGCUACACGGCGGAAUUUUGCCAUUGCCCAAGGCGCAGACGGCAAGGUUAUCUUCUCUGGUGGUAAUUCCGAAGUGCCUCUUGCCGUAUUCAAUGCUACCGAGAACUCGUGGCUCGAUACUACUCGGGUGUUCGAUGCCGAGAAUCAAAAGGUUCUGUCCGACAGCAGGUUGACCCCUUCAGCUUUCUCAGCUACCGAGACAGCUGGUUCAACCAAGUCGGCCAAGCCAACUUCCACCAAGACGAGGUCGUCAACCUUAGCGAUCCCGACUAUCUUGUCAACAGGCAGCUCAAGCGCUUCUCUGACAAUACCGGAGGCCAGCGCCUCGGCCAUGACGGACGCUGCAGUUGUGGCCGCUGGCAGCAGUGACGAUGAUUCUGGUCUCAGCUCCAACGUCAUCUUGGGUAUCACACUUGGAUCGAUCCUCGGAUUCUUGACCUUGUUUGGUCUGCUGUUGUUGCUCUUGGCGCGGCGGCGCAAGGCCAGGAGAAAAGGUAUGGAGGCUAGCAGCACCAGGCACUUUGGCAACGGCUCACGCCAGCUACUCUUGCGCGGCCAAACCCGUGGCCACAACGCCCCGCUGUCUCAGGAAUCCUACUCAUCCAUGGCUAUUUUGCUAGAUCGCACCGGGAAGCAAAAGACCAGUCUAACCCGGAAGCCUACCAACGAACGACUCGAAGCUCCGGCAGCUUUUAUGUCUGGCAACCGCCAAUAUCGCAAGCCGGCAGCAGCUCUAACCGACCCAGAACGCCUUCCGCUUCGGCAUGACAGAUGCCGUGUAGGCCCCACAAAAUCCAAGUGA